AUGUAUGUACAAUACAAGUUGAUUAACAAUUGCGAUUAUACCGAUCGACAUUGUUAAACAGGUCAUUAAGUUUAUCAGAUCCUGAUCCAGAGGCAAUACGAAAGGAGGUAAAGCGAGAACGGAUAAAUAUCAUCACGAAAGAAAAUUCUUCACACCGUCCAGGCGACAUCCGUGAGCCAAGACUCCGGUAUCAAGAUGGUUCACAAGCCUAAAGUCUAUGUAGUCGGAGUGGGAAUGACCAAGUUUGAAAAACCUGGUAAACGGGAUGACUUCGACUACCCAGAUAUGGCCAAGGAGGCAGUAACCAACGCCCUCAAGGAUGCUAAGAUUCCUCAUAGUCGAAUUAAAGCAGCCUGCGUUGGAUACGUCUAUGGUGACUCGACCUGCGGUCAACGAGCCCUCUACGAAGUUGGUAUGACCGGUUUCCCAGUUUACAAUGUAAACAACAACUGCUCGACGGGAUCGACGGCUCUGCUGAUGGGCAAACAAAUCAUAGAGACUGGGAACGCCGAUUGCGUGUUGGCGUUAGGAUUUGAGAAGAUGGAGCGAGGUUCUUUGACCUCAAAAUUCAUGGAUCGAACAAAUCCUAUGGAUAAACAUGUCGAACUAAUGGCAGAUAUAGCUGGGCUCGAUGCUAGCCCGAUAACAGCUCAGAUGUUCGGAAACGCUGGUAUUGAGCACAUGAAAAAGUACGGAACAAAGCCUGAACAUUUUGCAAAAAUUGCUUACAAGAAUCACCUGCACUCUACGAACAACCCGUACUCUCAAUUUCAAGAGAAAUAUAGCCUAGAACAAAUAAUGAAGUCCCCAAAGGUUUUUGGCCCCUUAACAAAACUUCAGUGUUGUCCAACGUCCGACGGUGCAGCCGCUGUCAUUCUGGCAAACGAAGAUUUUGUCAAAGCAAAUAAUUUGGAGGCCCAAGCAGUCGAGAUUGUCGGUAUGGAGAUGUCUACGGACCUGCCGUCAACGUUUUCCGAAAGAAGCUGCAUCAAACUCAUCGGUUACGACAUGACCCAGAAUGCAACACAGAAACUGUUUACUAAUACGCCAUACAAACCAUUGGACGUCGACGUUAUUGAACUGCACGACUGUUUCUCGGCAAAUGAAUUAAUCACAUACGAAGCACUGGGUCUUUGCCCUCCCGGAAAAGCAGGAGAAUUGAUAGACUCUGGGAAUAAUACGUAUGGUGGUAAAUUCGUUAUUAAUCCGAGCGGAGGAUUGAUUUCUAAAGGUCAUCCUCUUGGCGCUACUGGAUUAGCUCAGUGUUCAGAACUUUGUUGGCAGUUGAGGGGCGAAGCUGGUAAGCGACAGGUUAAAGGAGCCAAGCUUGCUCUCCAACAUAAUAUUGGACUGGGUGGAGCAGUUGUCGUCGCUUUGUACAAACUUGGAUUUCCUCAUGCUAAAAAUUCGGUUCGGCGAAAUAACGUGGCUGCUGUUGAGCCUGACAAAUUUCAAGCUAACGUUUUGUUCAAAAUUCUUGAAAUAGCCAUGCGAGAGGAUACUGACAAUUUAAUCGAUAGAGUACGUGGCAUCUUUGCCUUCAAAAUUACCGACGGACCAAACGGAGAAGUGGGAUUGUGGAUCGUAAAUGCAAAAACUGGAAAAGGAAGCGUGGAAUUUAACGGGAAGACAAAACCCGAUGUCACAAUUACUAUAAGUGAUAAAGAUAUCGUAGACUUUAUAACUGGAAAACUAAAUCCGCAGAAGGCGUUUUUCCAGGGUAAAGUAAAAAUCCAAGGGAACAUGGGCCUGGCCAUGAAACUACCUGACUUACAAAAGAGGGCGGCAAAGAAAAUCGAGCUUAUUAGAUCAAAAUUGUAAUAAAGUCUAUUGGUAAUAUUGCAGGAUUUCUCUAAAAACUGAAAGUCACCUUCAAAUUCGGAACUAUCUUGGCGCAGUGAUAUUAGUUCGACUAAAAGUUAAACUAAAAUGAACUCAAGUGUGCGCGUUCGAGCAAAUUUGUAGGUGUUCAAAAGGAAUUUUGAAUUCACAUAUGAACAAUGAAGUUUGCAAGUUUACAUGAAUUUUAGUUAUAAUAUAUGUUUAUCAUGUAUUUUUUGGGAAUUUCAGGAUCAGUUCAUGCAGUGGUAAUAUAAUACCUAUGGGAUAUGAUAAGAAUAAUCAAUAGUUAUAAUAUAUAUUUUUCAGUUGUUACAUGACAAAAUAUUGCUACUAUAUCAAUCAAAGUAUGAAUAGAUCAACGUAUUUUGGUAUACUGGAAUUUGAAGAUCAAACCUUGUUAUAAUUUUAUUAUUAAUUAAUUAUGUUGAACGAAUAGAACUUUACCCUUGUUACUUGAUUUUGUCACAACGUUAGAGGUGUUAUGGGUUUAUAUCUGUCUUAUUUACAACAUUCAUUCAUUCCUAACAAAGGUAUUGGUGCUAUUUUCUAUGAAUUUGUAUUUUUUAUAAUUAUAUACAUAUAUAUAAAUAUAGUUGUAUUUUUAUAAUAUACAUAUA